AUGCAGCCCUCUUGUUCCUGCUGCGAACCUCUGCGUUGGUUCAUUUGCCCUCCGAGGCCAAAGCCUCAUUCUACGAAUGAGGCCGAGUACAACCUGGAAGACCCGCAGAGUUUGGCGGCAUUCCUGAAGUAUGCAGACAUUCGUUUGGUCCGUGCAGGGUACUUGUACGACCUGCGCCGCAAGAAGAGGCUUCUGCCGCGACGCCAGGAAGCGGCAGAGUGGGGCCUUGUGAGCCACACGGAGGUAAGCAAGUGGGCCACAGGAAGGCGGGAUGCGAUGAUCAUCUCGAUCUCGCAUGCAUGGGAGACCCGCGAGCACCCGGAUCCCUGCGGAGACCAGUUAAAUAGGCUCGUCGACCGUUUGUGUCUGUACGAUGCUGCCUACUAUUCAGAUAUUUGGGUGUUCUACGAUUACAUCUCUCUUUUUCAGUUCGAGCGGCGCACAUCCGCAGAAGAGGAGAGCUUCCGGCGGUCCAUGAAUCAUAUGCAUGUGCUCUAUGCUCAUGACUACAGUUGGACCUUUCGCAUAGAGGCUCUGACCCCACGUGAUGUUUGGGACGCCACACUGGCCAACGCGGAGCAUCUCGUGACGGUGUAUGAUGCUGCAAGCAAAACUGUUCGAGGCCGCCCCCUCAAGGAGCUUGUGCCCAACCGGGUCCCAUAUCAAAGUAGAGGUUGGUGCAAGGCAGAAGUGGAGUGGUCCUCUUGCAGGAGCAGGUCCGAACAAAACCGGCAAAUCGAUGCUCCUGACCCUGACAGUGGCUUUGAAAGUGACGUUUUGCAGGGCAAAGUCCCAAUGGCUCCGGAGGUGUUCGAAGAAGGCAUGGCAAAAGCCGAAUUCACGCAUCGCAACGAUGCCGCAGCAGUGCUACAGCUGCAGCGGAAGAUUUUCCACCAGAAAGUUUCGGAGUGCGAAGAGUUGCUGCUGGCAGACCUGCCGAAAGGCGAGUUGGGUCAGCUGGCCAAAGCUUUGAUCCACUACAAGAAGCUCAGGGUCCUGCGCCUACGCAACAUCGAGGUGGGAGAGGAGGAGGCCAAGGAGUUCGCAAAGGCCCUCACGCUGAACACAACGACAACAGAGCUGGAAAUACAGGUCUCCCAUUCCGCUCAAGCUGAGUGCAAGGCACUCUGGAAGGCGUUGGCGGACAUGUUAAAAGCCAAUGCCACCGUCAGCACACUCAACCUGGGCUUUAAUGGCAUCGGGGCCGAGAGCCUCGAGGCCCUAGCAGCUGCAGUGGCGACCAACGGUACCCUCACCACCAUCGACCUCAGAGGUAACGACAUUGGUAGCGAGGGCUGCAAGGCCCUUGGACAAGCAUUGAAGACCAAUGACACUCUCACUACCAUCGACCUCCGACAGAACAUCAUCUUGGCCGGUGGCCUCAAGGCCAUAGCAGAGGCAUUGACCACCAACCGCGCCCUCACCACUAUCAACCUUGACUACAAUGGCAGCGGCCACGAGUUUCUUUGGGAGAUUCAAGAGACUCUCAAGACCAGGAAAGCAUUCACAAAGCCCAACCUGGCAGCUACAAUUGCUACACAGGUAUCAGGAUUCCUGGCUUAUCUUGGAGUUCAAGAAUUUGGUCGGCCUCAGCAAGCCCAGGCUUGGACGGGAAAAGUGCGUAUCGAGGCCCUCACAUCACGACUGAAGAGCAAUACUAGCAGCAUCAUCACCAGCCUGAAAAUCGCCGAUAGACAGAUCGGGUUCGAGGACGUCAAGGCGUUAGCGGAUGGGUUGAAGACCAAUCGCACCAUCACCAGGAUCGACCUCAGAAGGAAUCACAUCGGAGCCAGGGGCUGCGAGGCUCUGGCUGAGGUGUUUGUCACCAACGACACCAUCGCCACCAUCGACCUCGAAGGCAAUGACAUCCAAGACCAGGGCUGCAAGGCCCUUGCAGAAGCGUUAAAGUCCAACGCAGCCAUCACCGCUAUCGACCUCGAGGGCAAUGGCAUCACAGACCUUGGCCUCAAGGCACUUGCAGAAGCAUUGAAGAUCAAUCGCACCAUCACCAAGAUCGAUCUCAGUAGGAAUCAGAUCCGAAACCAGGGCUGCGAGGCCCUUGCAGAAGCACUGAAGUCCAACGCUGCCAUCGCCGAUCUCAACCUUGGGAGAAAUCGAAUUGGAGACGAUGGCAUCAAGGCCCUUGCGGAAGCUUGGAAGAUCAAUCGAACCACCAUCAAGAUCGAUCUGUGGAACAAUCCCUUCGGAGACGAGAGCCGGGAGGCCAUGCGCGAGAUGUCGACGAACUUUGACACGAUCGACUUCGACAACAGGUGGAUUAUGGAAACCCGUCCUGAAGAGGACUACUGGCCAGGUUACUGGCCAGAUGGCCCUCAAGGCUUCCAUGAUUACAGCCUUUGA